CGGCGGGAGAGGGAGGCGGGGUGCUGUCUGUGCUGGUGGUGUCGGUGUGGAGAGGGAGCGGUGGGGGUCGGGCGUGCCGCACAGUCACCGCACAGCCCCUCGGUGCUCGUGUCCCCGUCCCCUGUGAGGGUCGCCGGUGCCCCCCUGCCCGGCCCCGCGCUGCUUCUGCUCCCCCGCGGGAUGCGGGCUCGGCCCGCCCCGCUAGCCCUCACCCCCGCGCCGGCCGCAGCAUGAGCGCGGCGAGCGACACGUAUUUCCUUAUAAAAGACAUAAAACCCGGACUGAAAAACUUAAAUGUCAUCUUUAUUGUGCUGGAGAUCGGGCGAGUCACCAAGACCAAGGACGGGCACGAGGUGAGGUCCUGCAAGGUGGCGGACAAGACGGGCAGCAUCACCAUCUGCGUGUGGGACGAGAUCGGCGGCCUCAUCCAGCCGGGGGACAUCAUCCGCCUGACCAAAGGGUACGCAUCUCUGUGGAAAGGAUGCCUGACACUUUACACAGGACGAGGAGGGGAGCUGCAUAAAAUUGGGGAGUUCUGCAUGGUGUACUCAGAAGUGCCAAACUACAGCGAACCCAACUCAGAGCACGUCGGGCAGAACAAACUGGCACAGGGUGAACAGAAUAAUAUUUCUGCAUCAAGUGGUAUGGGUACUUGUACUUUUGGGCCACUGGGAAAUGGUUUACAAACUGGACCUGAAGCAAGUGGAUUUCCAUUCACAUACAACCACGGUCACAUUUAUGCAGGUAGUGGGAGAGGCAAUGGACGAGGACCUGUAAAUCCAGCACCAGCUAACAGUGUUCAGCCUCUUCCCCCUGCUGUCAGUAACGGGAGGGACCCACGCAGGGCCUUUAAGAGAUGACUAUGCCAAAUGUGGUUGUACAGCUUGCUUAAACUCUACACUCUACUUGAACACUUACUGCACUUUUAUUUAUAGUUAACUGUGAACCAGUUUGUCCUUUGGUUUGUUUUUUUUUUUUUUUUACCUUUUGGUGUAUGGAGCAAA